AUGGAAGGCUACAACGUUUCUCCCCCGGUGGAUUGUACAAAACUACUUGACACAAAGACUUUGAAAGGAAAGGCUGCCGUUAUCACCGGAGGUGCAAAUGGAAUUGGCGAAGCGUAUACAAGGGUGCUCUCUGCCGCAGGCGUCAAUGUGUUCAUCGGGGACAUGGAAUCCGAAAGCGCAGAAUUUGUAAGAUGUGAUGUGACCAUUUGGGAAGAUCAGCGUCGUCUUUUCACGGAGGUUGCAUCUUUCACGGGAAAGGUAGAUUAUGUUGUCGCCAACGCAGACAUUUGUGUUCCUGAUGAAAUCUUCACUUUCGCAGGCAAAGAUCAAGAGCCCACAGAACCAAAUCUGAAAACAAUCGAUGUCAACUUGAAAGGGACACUGUACACUACUAAGCUAGCUCUUCACUACUUUGUGAAACAAAAUGGAGAGAAGCCAUCGCCUCAGCAAGAGGAUGCAUGCUUAGUGCUGAUCGGAUCUGGGGCAGCAUUUCUGGACUGCCUUCGAGGACCGGUCUACCCUAGCACAAAGUGGGCUGCGCGAGGUAUUAUGCAUUCUCUGCGAAGGACAGCAUUCUACCAUAGCAGCCGAGUCAAUUUCAUCUCUCCUUGGUACAUUAAGACGUCGAUAUUAUCUGCGGAAGCUUUCGCACACGUAGAGAAGUGCGGGGUGAAAUUUGCGGAAGCAGAAGAUGCAGCAAGUGCUCUGUUGCGAAUCUUGUCUGAUCGAACAAUUAAUGGUAAAUCACUGUUCGUGCCGGCUAGAAAGUGGGCACCAGCAGAGUAUCUGGAAUUGGACGUUGAUGAUUACCCUGGGAAUGAGCUGAUCCAGGAAAUUCAGGUGGAUCAGAUGAAAGCAGCUCCCGUGAACGAAGGCUUGUUUCUGCCAUAG